CUAAGGCCGGUCUUAUUCGGCGGGUUUCCGUCGAGGAAACGCGGGGAGAGAACAGGAGCCAGAGAGAGAGAGACACGCACAUAGAAACCCCUCGACGCUGCCUGCCUGCGAGGAGAAAGCGCGCGCGGCUGCGCCCGUCUCCUCUCCCCGCUUCCCAAACCUCCUUUUUUUAUUCCCUUGCGCACGGGCGAGCGCGAGCGCGCCCCCCCUCGGCCUCCUAUUGGACGCCCUGCCGCCUCUCUUCUCUUCUCCCCGCCUCCCGUUCCGUGGCGGCUGCUGCUGCUGCUGGAGCUGCUUUCAGAGGCAGCGGCCGUGAUUGGAAUAAUCCGAGCGCUCGCUCGCUCCCGAGAAGCCUCUUCGUCGUCUUCUUUCACCCCUCUGUCCAAUUAUAUAUAUAUCUCGCUCGCGCGCCCAGGACACUCUCAUGCGCACGCGCGCGGGUCUGAGGGGAACGGCCGGCCCGGGCGUCGAGUGAGCGGGAGGCGCAGCGCGGCGAGGGAGAGAGAGAGAGGCCUGCGCGCCUGUGUGUUGUGGGGCAGCCCAGCCACCCUCUCGGCUCCCCGCCUCCCGCCGUCUAGCCCAGAGCCGCGUCGCAAGGCCGAAGCGGCGGUGAGAAGGAGGAGGAGGGCGCCUUCUUCUCCCCCCUCCCCAAACGACGACCCUCUUUACCCGCCUCUCAAGCUCAGCCCGCUCCGGUGUGGGGGCAGAAAGGAAACCCCUUGGCCAGGAGGAUGACGGGCCCCCGACGCGGCUUUAAAGAAAUAUGCAUUGUUACAAUUUUAUUUUGGAAUUGAUGAAGUGGAAAUACAGAUGAAACAAGUUUGCAGGAUAUCAACUCUACAGCACCAUUUCAUCCCACUCAUCAGCAAAAGAAAACAAAUUGGAAUAAUUAAAACAUUGCUUCAACUGGCCACCAAGUCUUCUAGCAGAUUUUGCUAAACAGUCCAGCUUAGAACCUGUCAAGCGGCAGGGCAAUUUGCCAAAGUUGACAGCGCACAGGAAGGAUUUAUAUUCGAACAAUGAUUUGUCUGAAAGUUUACAUCAGAUUGCUGGGGUUCUAUGCAGUCAUCAUUUCUCAAGUUCAAGGGCAGAAUCUAGACAGCAUGCUCCAUGGGACAGGGAUGAAGACUGAUCCUGAGCAGAAAAAGCAGGAAGAUGGAGUCACCCUAGCUCCAGAGGACACGUUGCCCUUUUUGCAGUGCUACUGCUCAGGGCACUGUCCAGAAAAUGCCAUUAACAAUACAUGCAAAACUAAUGGACAUUGCUUUGCCAUAAUUGAAGAAGAAGAAAAUGGUGAAAUUACACUUGCUUCAGGCUGCAUGAAGUAUGAAGGCUCAGACUUCCAGUGCAAGGACUCUCCAAAAGCACAACCACGACGGACAAUUGAAUGCUGUCGGACAGAUUUCUGCAAUCGAGAUUUGCAGCCCACAUUACCUCCUCCCAUAAGUCCAGAUGGCAUCUUUGAUGGCAGCAUACGUUGGAUGGCUGCAUUUAUUUCUAUGGCGGUCUGUAUAAUAGUUAUGAUCAUCUUAUUUAGCUGUUUCUGCUACAGGCAUUAUUGCAAGUGGGUAGCAAAGAGAGGAUGCUAUAAUCGUGACCUGGAACAGGGUGAAGCCUUUAUUCCAUCUGGCGAGUCACUUAAGGAUCUUAUUGACCAAUCACAGAGCUCUGGCAGCGGUUCAGGACUUCCUCUGUUGGUCCAGCGGACAAUUGCCAAACAAAUUCAAAUGGUGCGGCAAGUUGGAAAAGGGCGAUAUGGUGAAGUCUGGAUGGGUAAAUGGCGGGGUGAAAAAGUGGCAGUGAAAGUAUUUUUCACCACUGAAGAAGCUAGCUGGUUUCGAGAAACUGAGAUUUACCAGACAGUUCUCAUGCGCCAUGAAAAUAUACUCGGUUUUAUAGCAGCAGAUAUUAAAGGCACAGGCUCCUGGACCCAGCUCUACUUGAUUACUGAUUAUCAUGAAAAUGGGUCAUUGUAUGACUUCCUGAAGUGUACCACUCUGGACAACAGAUCUCUGCUCAAACUGGCUUACUCUGCUGCUUGUGGCCUGUGCCAUUUGCACACAGAGAUAUAUGGAACGCAAGGCAAGCCUGCUAUUGCACAUAGAGACCUGAAAAGUAAAAAUAUAUUGAUAAAGAGAAAUGGGACUUGCUGUAUUGCCGAUUUGGGCCUAGCUGUCAAAUUCAACAGUGAUACAAAUGAAGUUGAUGUCCCUUUGAAUACCAGAGUGGGAACAAAGCGUUACAUGGCUCCAGAAGUCCUAGAUGAAAGUCUGAAUAAAAAUCAUUUCCAGCCAUACAUUAUGGCUGACAUUUACAGUUUUGGCUUGAUCAUUUGGGAAAUGGCUCGGCGUUGUGUCACAGGAGGUAUUGUUGAAGAGUACCAACUACCCUAUUAUGACAUGGUGCCGAAUGAUCCUUCCUACGAGGACAUGAGAGAGGUCAUAUGUGUUAAGCACCUGCGCCCUAUAGUAUCUAAUAGAUGGAAUAGUGAUGAGUGUUUAAGAGCAAUAUUGAAAUUAAUGUGUGAAUGCUGGGCCCACAAUCCUGCCUCUAGACUUACAGCUUUGAGGAUUAAGAAGACACUUGGCAAGAUGGUAGAAUCUCAAGAUGUUAAGAUUUGACCAAGAAAUGCCAUUGGACUGUUAUGUGUCUUCACUCAAGCAAGUAUAGGGUCUGGUGGGAUGGGGCUGGGUCUGAUUUUCAGCCCCCUUCCUCACCACUUUUACAGGCUGCUAAUAUUAAAUAUUUCAGUACUUUGUAGAAAAUGGUAUCCAUGUACACUAUAUGGUAUACAUGUGGAUAGCCUCAUUUUACUCUUUUUUUUGUUUUUGUUUUGAGCUGCAUUGAGAUUUUCUUCACACUUUCCCCUAAAACUCAUCAAGUUCUGAAUUUCAUAUUCAGAUGAUAGUGCUUUCUGUGAAAGCCGUAAGUUAAACGAAUUAAACAGCGGAGGCGGGGGGAAUAAACUUAUUGCCUACCUGAUGAUACCUUAUCACGUCUUGGUGGAUUAGCCUGCGGUCUGGGGUACUAAUUUGAUAAUUCCUUACGCCUUUUAUGGUUUUGUGUGGCGUGCCAGGAUUUUUCUGAUGCCAUUUGGAAUACCUAAGAAGCCAUUUAAUUUCAUGCAAAGCUACUAUUUUCUUUUGCAAUGCCUUGGCUCAGAAUAUGGAACCUAUUUGGAUUUCAAAGAAAAUCAAUGUCUGCCUUCCUCUGUGCUGCAUGGAAAAAUUAUAUAUGUUUCAUGACCAAAAACCAAAAUGGCUACUAUGAACCUAUGCAGUAUGUCACCGUCAAGUGUGAUGUGAAGAACAGACCAGAAUACAAUUCAUACUCCCAGUGCUAUGAAUUCCCCAAAGACUGAGCACAGAACAUGGAACAGUUAAACGUCUCCAAUAAUUUAAGUGCCUGUAAUCUUGUACUGUAAACUGUAUCUUAGCUAGCUUUAAAAAAAGGGAAGUUAUUUAUAUAGUGUUCAGUGUUCUUUUAUUUGCUAAAUACCUGCUCUUUUGUAUAUGUGUAAACAUAACAUACUCACAUCUGAAAAUAAUGAAACUUAAUAAUCAUAUUCAAGGUGAAUGUGACUUGCAGAAAUGUUGGAUAGUCUGUCAAAGUAUGUGCAUGGAUACUACAAAGAUAUAAAAAAUUUCCCUUUUAGAGGCAAGACCCUUAAUGCAAUUUUAGAGUGAAUUUAAACAAAUGUGAGGAUGUGUUAAAAUUUUGUUCAAUAGAUUGCAAACAGUAAAUGGUCAGGCGAAGGAUUGCAGUAUUUUUUUUUAAUUUAUAGAUGUACAAAUUUUAUUUAACAUUUCCUUAAAUCAUUGCUUUUUCAGUGAUGCCUUUUAAGUAUUAGUAUCAGCUGAACAGUUCAUGGGAUACAUAAGCUAUGAAUUAAUUUAUUUUGAAUGCAGCAAGUCACAGACAAUAUUGUGCCACGGAUAUUGAGCAAAGGUGUGUCAUUUCUUUUCCGUCCAGUACCAGGAAAGCAAUCUGGCUGAUGUUCUAAAAUGUAUUUUUGUUUUGUUUUGUUUUGUUUUGUUUUGUUUUACACAGGUAGCUGGUAAAUAUUUGCCAUAAAUCAAAUUAUUACACUAGACCAGUGUUUCCCAACCUUGUGCCUCCAGAUGUUUUGGGACUACAACUCCCAUCAUCCCUAGCUAGCAAGACCAGUGGUCAGGAAUGAUGGGAAUUGUAGUCCGAAAACAGCUGGAGGCACAAGGUUGGGAAACACUGCACUAGACUACUGCUUUCAGGGAACACUUUCCACCAUUAACUGACAUGUUUAAGAACUUCUGCAUGGAUUGCUGUUUGUCACAGAGUAUUUUGAAGAUCCAAGAAUUGUUUGUAGGUACACUCAGUCCACUUGCUCGGCCUGUUUGGCCUCAAUAUUACAUUCUCAUAAGCCAAGUAUAUACUCUAGGACACUUUCAGCUAUCCACAGUGACUCUGAAUAGCAGAGGAAGAUCAGUAGUGGUAGACAAGUGGUCUCAGGAAGCCUGUCUGCUUUUAUAGUGGUACCUCGGGUUAAGAACUUGAUUCGUUCUGGAGGUCCGGUACUGAUCAUAUUGAGGAACCUCUGACGUAAUUUCUUGAGGAACCCCAGGAUUCCUGGGAAUGCUGAUUGAAAACAACUGAUCUAGGCUAUAUUAAAAUACAAUGUUAACAAGUAUAUGUUUACGAGUUUUGUUAGAAUAGUUGGUGGGGUGUAUAUUUUCCAUCAUCUAGAAUGGAACAUUUGUUUUCUUUUAAGUGCCAUGUAAGUUGGGUAGCUUUAUUAGUGGUGCAUUAUAUGCUGACAUUUAAUUUUUAUGUUGACUUGAGAAUCUAAAAUAAAGCAAAGCAGUCUAGCAAAUGCCAAUACUAUCUCAGAGCCACUGGGUUGCAUCCAAAUUAAGUUAUUUGCACUUAGUUCUCAUUGGGAGAAAAUGUGGCUUAACUUAGUAAUGACUAACUUUUCACAUUGAAUUCAAUGGAAUGUAGUUUGGAUUUAGUCCAGUCAUAUCUAUGGGCUAUUUCAUGUCAUGUCCCUGAUACUUUCUUAGGAGACAUUUUAGCUACAGCAGAGGGAAUAGCCAAUUAUUUCUGAACACACUGCAUUUUGUAGUAGAAGCAACAGGUGUUUGGCAUUUCAUUUUCUAAUUGGAAGCGCCACAUUCCUUCCAGCUAUGCAAUUAGUAGAAAUGAAAUUUUCCUCAAAAAGACUUGAGAUUGUUAAACAAGUUUUGAAAUAAUUUCCUUCCGAAAUUUAGUACCAUUAACAUAAUGCUCAUGUGUGACCUUUGCUAAUUUUUUCCUCUUGAUUUCAUCACAUGGGAGUAAGAUCUCAUUUACUAAAGUAAAUUUUUAUUUUUGAUCUCUUUCCCUCUCCACCCCCUUGAACAAGGGGAGAAAUUGUACUCCUGUCUUCUUCAUGGUACUAAUCAUUCUGUGUCAAUGUUUCUUUGGAUCCCUUGUACCAGCUGUAUGAAUGCCCCACCUAUAUUGGGGUUUGUUUUUUAAGGGCAUCUUUAACACCUCUGUAGAUCACCUUAUUGAUCUGACCAAAGCUGAACUUGGAAGUCAUUUGUUGCACUCAUACUACUAAUUCAGCAGUUGUAAAAAUGCUUGACUAAUUCAUGAUUGUAAAUUAAUUUUCAAUUGGGAGUAGAUGCAAGUAGCAAUUCUGCUAUAUGGUUGCACUUGAUGUGUGGUAGAAUCCUUCUUACUACUUGGUGGCCAAACAGCCUCACUCACACAAGAGCUUCUGCAGUGUGGUUUUAUCUCCAGGCUACCACCAAAUAUUCCUGUUGGCAUCUUGCAGACAAAUGACAUAUAUCUGAUUCACCUGGUGAGCCAAUACAACGUGAAGGAUGUGGCCACUCAGAGGCAUUUUCAAGUGGCCAGAUGACAUUGCAGCCAAAGAGUGAGAAGUGACCUUAAAUGUGGCAAAAUUGAAUUAUACCAUUGUCAAGAGAAUUGGUAUGUUUUUCAACAUUAUUGUCUUAUCAUAACGCCAGCAGACUCAUUUCA